AUGACAUUAUUUUGUUAAAACUUUAGGAAAAUAAGGAGCAAUCUUAAGAUGAGAUCAUAAAUUUUAUUAAUAAAUGCUAUUAUAUUUACAUUUACUCUUUGUAUGUUAUUGAUAGCCUACAUUUUAAAUAUGGGAUAAUCACUAUCUAUUCUAAAUAUUUCAUCCCAAACAUUAAUGAUUAAUGAAUUACAAAACCUUUUAAAUACUGCUUCAAAUUUAAUUGAAUAUUAGAUUCUAUUCUUUUAUUCAAGAAGUAACUUUAUAUAUAUAUCAAAAUUAGGUUAAAUUACACUAACUAAGUUGAACAUUUUAAAUUAAAUUGUAUAUAAUACAGAUUAUCAAUCACUAGAAAAACCAUAAUUAUGUCCUUACAAUGCUACUUUUUUUGAUUCCAAUCAUUAUUAUCCACUUUCAUGCAUAAUUUAUCAUUCUUUAAAUGAUGAUACUUCUUACAUAAAUUCAACAUAAGAUUAUUAAUUAAGAAAUUUAUCCCAUUUAUUCAAUGAAAUGAUAUUAUCUAUAGAUUUAACAGGAUAAUUUAUACCUAAUGACAUAUUUAUGGUAUCAGAUAGUAAUCCAAAUGAAUUUGCAUUCUAUUAUCCAUAAUGGAUUAAAUAUAAGACCUAUAAACCUAGAAAAAGAUCAUGGUAUUAAUCACAUUAUGCAAAUCUUAAAUUAAAUCCUAAUAAUCAUACUCAAUUAUCAGAAAUAUACAAAUAUUUUAAUGAUAGUGAUGUUUAUUCAAUGACAAUGAGUUAAUCAUUUUUCAAUAAGACAAAGAAUGUAGAUGGAUUAUUUGCAGCUGAUAUAUAACUAUAAAAUACUUAUUUUAAUAAUAGAAAUCUAAAUAUGAUGAUUGUAAAUUAUGAUGGAAAAUUAAUUUUAUCAAAUUAUAAAAAUUAUCUUUUGGCAAACUCUACUAAAUAUGAAUCAUUUGAUGAUGAAAAAACAACUGGUUUUAAUAAGUCUGAUUGGUUAGCAAUUUUGAAUUUUAUUAAUCAUAAUAAAAAGGAGAGUACUUGUUCAUCUAUUUAUAAUAAGUAUAAAUAACUUUGUCUUUAUAAUUCAGCUUAUUAAUCUGAUGUUUUUAUUUCAGCAAAAUAAAUUAAAGGUAUGAAUUAUUAUUUAAUUGUAUUUAACAAUAUUCAAGAUUAAGCAACUUUAUUUGAAAUGUUAAAUUAAUUAAUGGAAACAAUAUAUUCAUAAUUCAGAUAAUAAAUGCUUAUAACUGGAUUAAUUUGUUGUGUAUUUACAAUCAUAUCAUUUCUAUUAAUUUAUUUAAUUUGCAGACCUAUGUUAAAAUUAAUAAAGUUAUCUAAUAUUUAUAUAAAUUCUCAUUUAGUAAGUAAAUCCUUUAAAGAUUAAAAAUUGAAAAGAGUUUGGACUAAUUAAGAGAAAUUUAAUAAUUUCAUAUAGAAUUAAGUUUUAAAUCACAAUCCUUAGAAGACUAGCAGUAAAAUAAUUAAUUAACAUAGAUAACUUAAUGAUUAAAUUGAUCUAACAUUUUUAAAGAUUAUUUGAUGGAAUUUUAAAUCAAUAAAACAAGAAAAGUAAUUAAUGUUUUAUUAUUUAAUCUUUUAAUUACCCUAAGACUCAACAUCUAGAUAUUAAUAUAUCAUAAUAAAUUAAGGAGUGCUAAUUUGAAAAUUUAAAUUCAGAUGACUAUAAUUUGCUUUUGAUUUACACUUUAAAAUAAUUAAAAAGACAGUUCUCUUUAUGA